UUUCUUAGACUCUUCACCUUUGGGUGUAGAUUGAUAAUGAUUUCCAUGGAAGGAAUAUAAUACAGAUAAGAAAUAUCAGGGUACUUACGGUUGACUGCUGAAUUUGGAUUUGAGGAGCCAACUGAACAGAAAGCGACAAGAUUUCUUAGUAACAAUUCUGCGAAGAUGCUGAAGGUGACAGGCUUUAUUUGUUAUUUCCCGCAUUGGGCAUGUCCAAGUUUUCAGUCUAACGGACAAUUUAAAUGAACCACAGAGUAGCCGGUUGUUUAAGAUGAAAGGCAAUAUUAUUAUUUUAUAUAUUUUUAGACGAUUUUGCCCUUCUCUUAUGAAGGACCAGAUUGAGAGGAUCCAAGUUCUAUAAAUAUCUUCAUACUCAACCUUGUAUUCCCCACCAACUUAAUCUCUUUGCAAGGGCAACUUCUUGUGAGGAAAAUCAGAAGUUAGAAAUGGGUAACCUAUUUUGCUGUGUGCAAGUCAGCCAAUCCACAGUUGCCGUCAAGGAGACAUUUGGGAAGUACAAUGAAAUACUCGAGCCUGGAUGCCAUUGUGUACCUUGGUUUCUUGGAAAAAAGCUUGCUGGCCAUGUCACACUUAGGUUGCAGCAGUUGGAUGUGCGUUGUGAGACAAAGACAAAGGACAAUGUCUUUGUUAAUGUCGUUGCAUCGGUUCAAUACCGUGUUCUGGCUGAUAAGGCGGGUGAUGCUUUCUACAAACUCAGCAAUCCUAAAACCCAAAUCCAAGCCUAUGUGUUUGAUGUAAUCAGAGCAAGUGUUCCAAAGCUAGAGUUAGAUAAUGUCUUCGAGCAAAAGAAUGAGAUUGCGAGAGCUGUUGAAAAUGAGCUUGAAAAGGCCAUGUCUGCUUAUGGGUAUGAGAUUGUCCAGACACUCAUCGUUGAUAUAGAACCAGAUGUGCACGUGAAGCGAUCGAUGAAUGAAAUUAAUGCCGCUGCAAGAAUGAGGCUAGCAACUAAUGAGAAAGCAGAAGCAGAGAAAAUUAUACAGAUUAAGCGAGCAGAGGGUGAGGCUGAAUCCAAGUAUCUCUCAGGAGUUGGAAUCGCCCGGCAGCGGCAGGCAAUCGUUGAUGGUCUGAGAGACAGUGUGCUUGGUUUCUCAGUCAAUGUGCCAGGAACCUCUGCUAAAGAUGUGCUGGAUAUGGUCCUUAUCACACAGUACUUUGACACCAUGAAGGAAAUUGGCGCUUCCUCCAAAUCCUCGGCAGUGUUCAUUCCACAUGGACCAGGUACUGUGCGUGACAUUGCCACCCAGAUUCGAGAUGGGCUGCUUCAAGCAUCAUCCUCUCACUAGGAAUUAUGAAGUUUCUAUCCAGGAGUGUUGUCCGCAAGUGUGCUCUGUUCGGGCCUUCUCAUCCAUUGGUUGGUUGUGUGUAAAGCAUGAUUCAGAAUUUUCCCUUUUUGUUGGUAAUGCACAUAUUCUGAAAGUUGCUUGUAGUUAAAGUUCUAUAAUGUUAAACUGUUAUUACUACUAAGAAAUUACAUGGCGAGCAAUC